GCCAGGCCAGGCGAUGGGAGGUCCUGGUUCAGAUGUGACCUCGGGCACUUCCUAGCUGGGUGACCCUGGGCAAGUCGCUUCACUCCCUUUGCCCAGCCCUUAUGGCUCUUCUGCCUCGGAACUGACACUUCGUAGAGACUCUAAGACAGAAGGAGGAGAACCCAGAGAGAGCAGGGUAAGGAAACAGAAGAGCGAGAUGAGCCGAGACGGGACAGUAUUGUUGUUACUUUGAAGGAACUCGCCAGAGCUCCCCCAGGGAGAAUUCGAAUCCAGCUCUUUGGACUCCAAGACCAGAGAGGGGUUCCCUGCUCAGACCGCCUGUCAGGAAGCAUCACUGAACACCCUGGAGGGAGGAAAGGCCCGAGAAGGCGAAGCCCUUAGGAAAGGCAGUGGUAACUUUAUUCUGUGGGACCCAGGGGAUGUGGCUCCCUGACCUGGGCCUGUGCCCCCCUUUGUUUCCGGGGUGUCCUUCCGUCCCAUUCCAUCCGCGAGUCCCUGCUUCUGCUGGUUGGUGGAAACCCUGGUCCCCUCCGCGAGCUCCCGGUCUGGCUGCGCUGAAGGCAGGGGCACAUAGAGUGGCGCAGUUGUCUUUGGCGGUGUUAUCUCUACCCGACACUGGCUGCCGGGAGCGGUGCCCAGGCUUGGGCCCAGCAGGUGCCCGGAAAUACUGGGGGAAUCGCCCAGGACGUCUCCGGCUCCCUCCUGGGGGUCCUGGAACACUCGCGGCCGGAGGCUUAGUUAGGGGCUGCAGCGGAGAGAGCGCGGGGAACCGGGCAGCCUUCAGGGCUUUCUCCUCUGCCCCUGUCAAGCCUGGAUGGUGGCCGGGACGGACCUCGUUUAGCGCAGGGAGCAGGAUUGGGGGGGCCCUCGGAGAGCGGAACAGCUGCCAUUGCCCGGGCGCUCUGAGGAGUGCCGGGCGGCCCGGGGGCGGGGGCGAGGCGGGCCCCUCCUCCCCCGAGGGCCGGGCUGCGGUGGGCAGCUCCCUAGCCGGGCUGGGGGCGGCGCAGUCCAGUGCAGGAGCCCGGGAUAGACCAGACCAGACAGCCUCGGGGAUGCAGCAGGACGCGGGGACGAUGGGCCACCGGCUCGGGGCGCGUCCUCUUCGUCCCGGGCUCUUCUUCCUCCUCCUCUUCCUCGUACACGUGCCCGCGGCUCGGGGCCAGCUGGGGAGUAGCCUCGGCGCGUCCCUGGGCUCCCCCCGGGCCAGCGAGGGAGGCGGCGGCGGCCGGAGCGCAGAGGUCUGCCGCAGCCGCCCCCUGGACCUGCUGUUCGUCAUCGACAGCUCGCGCAGCGUGAGACCCCGCGAGUUCGCCAAAGUGAAGCGCUUCGUCACCCGGAUCGUGGACAGCCUGGACGUGGGCGCGGCCGCCACGCGGGUGGCCCUGGUCAACUACGCCAGCACCGUGAAGGUCGAGUUCCACCUGCACAGCCACGCCGACAAGGAGGCGGUGAAGCGGGCCGUGGCCCGGGUGCGCCCGCUGGCCACCGGCACCAUGUCGGGCUUGGCCAUCCAGGCGGCCUUGGACGAAGCCUUCGCGGCGGAGGCCCCCUCCGACGUCCCCAAGGUGGCCAUCGUGGUGACCGACGGCCGCCCGCAGGACCAGGUCCAGGAGGUGGCGGCGCGGGCCCGGGCGGCCGGCCUGGAGAUCUACGCCGUGGGCGUGGACCGCGCGGACAUGCAGUCGCUGAGGACCCUGGCCAGCGAGCCCCUGGAGGAGCACGUGUUCUACGUGGAGACGUACGGCGUGAUCGAGAAGGUGACGGCCAGCUUCCGCCAGACGUUCUGCGCCAUGGACCAGUGUGCUCUCGGCACUCAUCAGUGCGAGCACGUCUGCGUGAGCGAUGGAGACGGUGCCCAUCAUUGUGAAUGCAGCCAAGGAUACACCUUGAAUGAAGACCGGAAAACCUGCUCAGCUGUCGAUAAGUGUGCUCUCGACACGCAUGGCUGUGAGCACAUCUGUGUGGGUGACCGUGCUGGGGCCUUCCACUGCGAGUGCUACGAAGGCUACCUCCUGGAGGAAGACAAGAAGAGCUGCUCAGCCCAGGAUAGGUGCGCCGGGGGUAGCCACGGCUGUCAGCACAUCUGCGUGAGCGACGGGCCCGGAGCCCACCAUUGUGAGUGCUUCGAAGGCUACGUCCUGAAUCCCGACCGGCGGACGUGUUCAGCUCAGGACCUCUGCGCUCUGGGCAGCCAUCGCUGCCAGCACCUCUGUGUGAGGGACGGGCCUGGAGCCUACCACUGUGCGUGCCAGCCCGGGUACCGCCUGCAGGAGGACGGGCGCUCGUGUGCAGCCAUCGAGGAAGCCCGGAGGCUGAUCUCCAGGGAGGAUGCCUGCAGCUGCGAAGCCUCGCUGGCCUUCCAGGGGAAGGUCACCUCCCACCUCCAGAGCCUGGCGUCCAAACUCGAUGACAUCUUGGAGAAGUUGCAAGUCAAUGCUUUGAGACAGGUCCAUGGCUAGAGCUGCCCUUCAUGCCGGCAGCCCAGCUUUAUGGGACUUUGUUGCUGAGGCUCUGGUGCUUCCUCGCCAUCAAAAAAUUCACU